GCUCUCAAAUUGUCUCAGCUUUCAAAUGGGGUAAGGAAAAAUGGAGACAAUCACCAGGGGGAAAUCAAGGAAAGCUCCGCUCGUGCUUAUUCACGAUGGUGGCGGGACGACGGCCUCAUAUCACGCGCUGAUAAAUCUCGAGCACGACAUUUACGGCAUCGAGAACCCAUUGUUCCAUGCCAGCAAGCCUUGGAAGGGCGGCAUCCCUGCCAUGGCGCGGGCCUAUAGCGCCUUGGUCGAACUAGAGCUCGGGCAGACGUCCGUGCUGCUGGGAGGAUGGAGUUUCGGCGGCCUUGUCGCGUUGGAGAUGGUCGACAUACUCCAAAUUGAGUACGGCAUCGAUGUCCAGGGCGUCCUGCUUCUCGACAGCGUCUGUCCGACUUCAUGGAAAUUCUCGGCUGCUCGCAACGAUUAUCAUGUCCUGUCGACCGCAUACGCCGCCUGUCUCAGCUCAAAGCUCCUGGUGAUGAACAUGAUGAAGCAAUCGACGCUCAUGGCAGAGCAAUGGCAGGCGCCGCAAUGGCAGAGUACUAUGUCGGAUCACAGAGAGCAUAAUUGCUGCUGCGCUGGAUCUCCCUUGCCCUCCGAGGGCAAGGGAAUGUCUCCUCGACGAGGCCCCCUCGUGGUCUUGGUUCGGUGCCUGAACAGACUGAACCCCGGUGACAAAGCCAUAGCUAGGGUGGACAUUUCGCGGGAUUGCGAGACCUUGGGCUGGGAACACGCCCGGCCCGGCCUCGUGUCCCGCACUGUGGAGUGUAAUGCUAAUCACUUCAACUUGUUUACCAAGGACUUUGUGCAUGAAACGACCGAAAAGAUUCGCGAGGCUUUGGUCGCCAUGGAGAGUGACUUUGCUGGCUUCGCUUGA